ACCACACCAGAACUGACAACCACAAUACCAACAACCACAGCAAAACCAACAAGCACAACACUACCAACAACCAAAGCAGCACCGACCACGACAUCAGAACCGACAACCAGAAGUUCAAAAACCACUACAGACUCAGCAACCACAACAAUACCAACAAUCGGAACAAAACCAAUAAUCACAACAGAACCAACUGCCACAACAGCGCAAAGAACCACACCACAACCAACGACCACAAUAAUAGCAACAACCACACCAAAUCCAUCAACCACAAUAGAACCAACAACCACAACAGAACCGACAGCCACAACAGCAGCGCGAACAACAGCCACAACAAAAACAACAAUUACAGCAAAACCAACAACAACAACAACACAGAUGACAGCCACAACAAAACCAACAACCCCAGCAAAAUCUGCCGCCACAAGGAAAUCCAUAACUACAACAGGACCCACAAACACAGUAGAAGCAUCUACCACUAUAGCAACAAGAACCACAACAAAAGCAACAAUCACAGCUAAACCAACAAGCAUAAGAGAACCAACAUCCCCUAAAAACCCCACAAUCGUAACAGAACCAACAUUGUCAACAGAAGCUAUAGCCACAAUACAAGCAAUAACAACUAGAGAAACAGUAGAAACCGCAGCAAAACUAGCAACCACAAAAGAACAAACAGCCACAAUAGAAACAACAAGCACAACACAUCCAACGACCACAAUGAAGCCAGCGUACACUACACAAUCAACAACUGCGAAUGAACCAAGAACUACAAGAAAAUCAAGGGACACUACAGAACGAACAUCCAUAACAGAACCAACAACAACAGAGCCAACAGCCACAACAGAACCAACAACAACAGAGCCAACAGCCACAACAGAACCAACAGCAACAGAGCCAACAACCACAACAGAACCAACAACAGAGCCAACAGCCACAACAGAACCAACAACAACAGAGCCAACAGCCACAACAGAACCAACAACCACAACAUAUCCUACAAUCGCAACAAAACUAUCAGCCACAACAAACCCAACAACCACAGUAAGACCAACAACUACAACGAUACAAAAAAUCACAACAGAACCAAUAACUAAAGCAAAGCCAACAACCACAACAAUUCCAACAACCACAUCAAAGACAACAACCACUGCACAACCAAUUGAAACAAUGCAUCCUACAUUACCAACCAGAUCUGUUCUCACUGCUGCAGCAUCUUCAGUGCCAACAACAACCACAACAGAAGCAACAUCAAGCACAUCUUCAAAUCUAAGGACGACAAAAACCACUACAAAUCUACCCACAAGAACUACGCUACCAACAACCACAUCACUACCAACAAAAACCAAAACUGUACAAAUAUCAACGACCAGAACAGAACUAAGACAUAUCACAACUGACACAUCAAAAAGCACAGCAGAAUUAACAAACACAACACCACAAAGUACAACGGCUAAACAAACUGCAAUAUCAAACACAACCUCAGCAACAAUAAUUGCAACACAACCAUCCACAUCCUCCACCGAACUAGCAACAAAUACAUCAGUGCCAAGUGCAGUUACUAAAAGUGUGCCACCGACAACGACAACCACUGCUAAUCUAACAAACAUAAGCACGACAGAAAUAAUAUUUUCCACAGGGUCUGCAACAUCAGCACGAUCAAAAAUGCUGUCAACUGCUGCCCUUGAUUCUACGCCAACAACAACAACAAGGCAGACCACAAAGUCCUCACCUGUACCAAAAUCAACAAUGAGGCAGGCUACAUUUGUACCAACAACAACAACAGCUGCAACCACCACAAUUGUACCAACAACGGGAACAAUGCCACCAACAACACUGAAAUCACAAACAACAAUAUCAACAGUGACAGCCGAAACAAAUCGAGUGACAACGAAGCCCACAAUAGUACCAACAACAUCAAAUCCGACAACACUACCAUCGACAAUAAAAACCACAAAGGUACCAACCACAAAAACGAAACCCACAACAGUACCAACAACAAUAACAACCACUACAACUGUACCAACAACAGCAAAAGUCACAACAAUACCAACAACAACAACAAAGCCCUCGACAGUACCAACAACGACAAUCUCGACAACCGUAAUAACGACAGCAAACAGCACAACAGCAACAAACCCCACAACAGUACCAACAACAACAACAAACCCCACAAUAGUACCAACGACACCAAUAACCUUCACGACAGUACCAACGACAACAAAACAUACAACAGUACCAACGACAACUAACCUAAAAACCGUACCAACGACACCAAUAGCAUUCACAACAGUACCAACGACACCAAUAGCAUUCACAACAGUACCAACAACAACAGCAAACUCUAGAACAGUACCAACGACACGUACUUCAACAGUACCAACAACAACAAAAUCAACAACAGUGCCAACAACAAUACCAACAACAGCAACAAAACCUACAACAGUAUCAACAACAUCAGUAAAAUCUAUAAUAGUACCCACAUUAAUAACAAACACUACAACAGUACCAACAACAAACCCCACAAUAGUACCAACGAUACCAAUAACCUCCACGACAGUACCAACGACAAUCGACACCGUAGCAGAACUAACAACAAAACAUGCAACAGUACCAACGACACCAAUAACAUCCACAACAGUACCAACCACAGCAAACUCUAGAACAGUACCAACGACAAGUACUUCAACAGUACCAACAACAAGAAAAUCAACAACAGUGCCAACAACAAUACCAACAACAGCAACAAAAUCUACAACAGUAUCAAGAACAUCAGCAAAAGCGAUAAUAGUACCCACGAAAGCAACAACACCGAACAAAAGUACUGCAAAAAUUGCAACAACAACAACCGCUACACAACAAAGAACGAUGUCUCGCAACACGGAACGAACCCAGUUACCAACAGGACCAACUUCAACAGAAGUACCACCAAGUACCACUGUGAAAUAUCCAGCAACAACUUUCCCAAAAAACCCUGUGCCUUCAACCCUUUCGUCUCACCAAACUCCCACGACGACCUUGCUUCCGGAACAGAAAACCACAACUCCAGUUAUUACUACGUCUUUCCCAAGAAUCAAACUGCUGCCAUUCGGCUCUUCCACCAGCGCAGGACUGUCGAAGAAACUGAUUAAGGGCGAUGACGUCAUCAGCAACGCAAUCAUCUGUGAAGUAGGCUUCCCAGCAAUGAUCUCAAAGGGUACAGUUUGGAAACGAAUAUGGAUUCACACCGAUGGCUUCCUGAUCAUAAAACAAGAUGGCUUCAAAAUCAAUAAAUUACCGAAGAAAGAUAUCGGUGAAGAAGAUGAAGUGAUCAUCGCUCCAUUUUGGGCAGAUGCAGUGACCAGCAAAAGUUUCCCGUCCAGUACCGUAUUUUAUGAUGUCUAUGAAAUGUGGCCUCUGAAGCGGAGACGCAACGAACAAGAAAGACUCUUCCUUAAUCAGUUCUCAAAACGGUUGAAUAUUUCGACCUUCCAAGCUACCUGGGCAUUGGUUGUUACUUGGAGGGACCUCCGUCCUGGCGAUAUCCUCAACCCGUCUGAGAAAAAUACAUUCCAAGCUGUUUUGGUAACAGACGGCAGAGCCUCCUAUGUCAUUUAUCUCUAUGAAAGAAUGGAAUGGAAAACAUUUAACUUACUCUACAGAGACGUAGCUGUAGGUUACAGAAGAGGCAAAGAUGACAGCAACUAUUUCAUGACUUCCAGAAGAAACAUAGACAUUUUGCAGAUCGACAGGAUCAAAGGAAAUACAGGAAUAUACGGAUGGUGGCAGUUUCCGCUCGGAGUAAUUAAAGAAAAAGAAAAUUUCGCACAACAAUGUAUGAAAUGGUAUUACGAGAAUUCGGCGCAGCAGCGAAUCGAAGCCAGCAAACUCUCGGCAUUGAGCACACCAUGUCCUUGUAAUCUUCUGCAAGCGAAGAAAGACACACGCUUUGAAAUGUACCAAAAUUCCAACAAUUGUCUCCGUCACAUGUUUCCUACUGAUGGAAUAUCCAAAGGUGUCAGGAUCUGUUGCUAUGAUUACGAAACAAAUGCCUUGAAACCGACUGACAGUCCAUUCUUCAUCAAUGACCCAACAAUUGCCAAAAUCAAGUGGAUUGAAGAAGACAAAAAACCCGUAGACUUUUGCUGUUCCUUUUCUGCUUACUGUUCGCUUUUUAAUGAAGUCCGCUCUGUGUCCGAUUGCAGCAAUUAUGUGAUGCCCGUCGAAGGUGGAGCCUUUGGUGACCCACACAUUCAAACUAUUGACGGCAAAUUCUAUACCUUCAACGGAUGGGGAGAGUUUACCCUUUUGAAUAUAUACCAUAAGGACAAGCCAAAACAUCGCUUGUUUACUCUUGAAGGUCGAACUGAACGCGGAGAGAAUGUCCGCGGUGAAUUGACUGAUGCCACGAUAUUUACCGCUUUCGUCGCCAUGGAUUUCGUUUAUAACAAUUCCUUCCAGGUGGAAAUAAUGCAAAAUAAAGAAGGUAUCAUCAUCAUCGCCAAUGGCAUCGAUUUCACCGUCCAGUUUGUAAAUGAUGAAAACUUCAACCAGACUAUGAAGUAUAUGAAGCUGAAGAAACUGAAGAAUGGAGGAAUCCAAGGAGUAUUCCAGAAAGGUUUAACCUUGAAUAUAAACCAAGCUAACGGAAUACUGGACAUAGGUGUAGCGUACCCACCCGAAAUGCGUUCCGUAAUGUUGACACGAGGUUUACUGGGUGUUGUAGAUGGUAAUCCUGACAAUGACUUCCAAGCUCCAGACGGCAGUGUGUUACCAUCAAAUGCCACAGAGAAAGAUAUAUAUAACCGUUUCGGUCUCCUUUGGAAAGCACAGAAACCGUGUUUUACUUAUGCCGCUGGUAAAAAUUCUUCCAGCUAUAAACACGACAACUUCACUCCGAGAUUUAUCAACAAGGAAGAACUCUUAAGAUUAAGCGAUAGCGAGGCGAAACGAUUUUGCCGAAAUAACAUCGAGUGCUUAUAUGACCUCUGGACAACAAACAUCAAACAAUUAGCCGAAAAUACCAAAAUUGUCAAGCAAACUGCUGAAGCCAACACAGAAUUUCGAGAAAAUUCUCCGCCCCAAAUCAAGAGUAAGAGAGUAAUGUACGCCAGUGUCGGGCUUUCUUCACGUCUGAACUUUACUGUGAUCGAUGACGACAACACUCAGGCAUUUUUGGCAAAGCCCAGCAAGUCUUUGGAGAUUUACCAUGACAACCAGACCAAUAAGGGAUAUGUGAUAUAUACACCCACCAGCACUGAACCUGUCAGCAUUCAAAUUGUCGUAAAAGACAGUAAGAAUGCCGUAGCGCCAAUCCAAGAGAUCCAGGUUGUUCUCUGCCCUGGUUGUAAACAUGGUCAAUGUGACUUCGAGAACAAUACACAAGAACUCUUCCACAUUGUGGCAUGUGACUGCGAUAUAGGUUACACAGGUGAGGACUGUAAUGUAGACUACGACGGCUGCGCAUCGUCUCCCUGCCUCGGGGAAGCUCAGUGUAUUGACGUCCCAGCAGAACUACAAACAUCCAAUGGUUUGACUUACCGCUGUAACUGUUCGGACGGUUAUAGUUUAUACAAUGAUAAAUGUGUGGAUGUUGAUGAGUGUGAUAAAGGUAUAUCAAAGUGCCAGCAGAUUUGUAUUAACACUCUGGGAAGUUAUCAAUGCGCAUGCAAUUUGGGAUAUCAGCUUUCAAAUGAUGUUAACUGCUACGAUGUGGAUGAGUGUAGAAGCCCUGACAAUGGCUGUCAACAGACUUGUGAGAACAUAGAAGGAAGUUACCAAUGUGGAUGUUCUGAAGGUUAUAAACUUGCUAAGGACCAGAAAUCUUGUGAAAAAGUCAAGGAUCAUUGCACCGAAUACAACUUGACCAAAUGUUAUGGUUGCAAAGUUGAGGAUGGACAGAUAAAAUGUUUUUGUCCAGCUGGAUAUGAACUCGGCCACAACAAUUUUUCGUGUGUUGAUAUUGAUGAGUGUGCGAGCCCAGUCCAUCGAUGUUCGCAGAUCUGUCAGAACAAACCCGGGGGUUUCACCUGUCUCUGUUAUCCAGGUUACAAACUAAAACCUGAUAAAGUCAUCUGUGAAAAAUGCGACAUUUUCCAUUGGGGUGAAGAAUGCAAAAACAAAUGUGGUUGCAAUGGUAAUGAAGAACUCUGCGACCCAGUCCGUGGCUGUGUCUGCAAGAAAGGCUGGACUGGUAUCCAUUGUGACCAAGACAUCAAUGAAUGUGCUGGCAAUCACACUUGCUACGAUUUCGAGAACAUGAAAUGCAUCAAUACACAAGGAAGUUACCACUGUAUCUGUCAGAAUGGCUACAUUGACGACAGCGAGGGACACUGCAUUGAUAUCAAUGAGUGUGUUAGUAAUACCAACAACUGUUCUCACACUUGUAUCAAUGCACCGGGUACAUAUAGCUGUCAGUGUCGACCAGGCUAUGAAGGUGAUGGAUGGAAGUGUACCAAUAUUAAUGAAUGCAAAACUGGGGUACAUUUCUGCUCACAGAAAUGUCGAGAUGUGGAAGGAACUUACAACUGUGAAUGUUACGAUGGUUAUCGAUUGAAUGACGAUCGAAGAACCUGUACUAAAAUGACAGAAAACGAACUCUGCAACGCUGCCAAUUGUUCCCAGAUCUGUUUAGUUGAGAGCAACCGUCCUGUGUGUUACUGCCAAAAAGGUUUCCGAUUAGCGAAGGAUGAAACCACGUGUCUCUAUGUUGACCCUUGUAAAUCGGCCAACUGCUCACAAUAUUGUCAAGCAGGAAAUGAUGGAAACUUUAAGUGCUCGUGUGAUCCAGGUUUUAAGCUCGAUCAAACUGGUUUGAUCUGCACCAAAUGCGACGGAUACCAUUACGGUGAAUAUUGCAAGUAUUCUUGUGAUUGCAAGAUGGGUUCGUGUCAUUAUGUCAACGGUUGUAUCUGUGACCCAGGGUGGACCGGAGAUAAAUGUGACCAGAACAUUGAUGAGUGUAGUAUCGGCGAGUAUGUAUGCAACGUCGGCCAGACGUGCCAGGACACAUUAGGAAAUUACACCUGUGUCUGUGGAAAAGGUUACUGGAAUAACAACGGCACCUGUCAAAACAUUGACGAAUGUAAAGAUGGCUCAUUGAACUCGUGUUCUCAGACCUGUACAGAUACUGAAGGCAGUUUCGAGUGUGGUUGUCACAGUGGAUUUACUAAAAUUAAUGACACAUGUAUAGACAUUGAUGAGUGUAAAACGGAGGCAAACACCUGCAACCAAAUCUGCCGAAACAACCAAGGUUCUUAUGAAUGUUUCUGUGAAAGAUUUUAUUCCCGGCUUCCCGAUGGCAAAACUUGCAUCCGAGUUGCUUUGGAAAUCACGAUGGAUCUUGUGGGAAAUGACACUGACUUAGAACAAAUCCAAUCCCAGGUGGAUAUUCUCUCUAAAAGAGAACAGCGGCAGCGUUCCCGAACAAUUGGACCUAAUACAAGUGAGACAUUUGGUAGCACGCGUCCAGUGCCAAAUCCAAGCCAUGUCGUGGACACUACAUCCACUGUCAGGACAUCGACUUUCAGAAAUUCCCUAAAAACAAAAACAGCUGAACCAGCAAUGACAACACUUGACCAAUUCUACAAAAGUCAGGAUCUGCCAGGCUUUGUUGAUGUACAAGUGGAAAAUAUAUCGAAACAUGGCAACAAUAUAACAGUGAUACACCGCGUUAACUUCGAUCGUUUCGUUGAUGAGGACACUUUACGAAGGAUAAGUCAAGUUCUUUUCCAAGCUUAUCGCAACGAAUCUCUCACAGGAAUUGUGUGGAAAAUGAUCAGUAUACCGCAAAUUCACUACAAAAAUAUCACUUCCGUUGUCUUUUGUUUCUGUGGAAGCUACACUUGUAUACAAAUAGAAGAUGGAUUCCUAUGCAGGAAUACAACCGAAGACAUCCCCAGCGGCUCCAAUACUGUGACAGUUGUGCUGUCGGUGUUGCUAUCAUUGGUCUCAGUAAUAGCAAUCGUUCUGGGAGGACUCUGGUAUUAUCGAAGACAUUAUGUAUAUCGAAACAAUUAUCAAAGAACUGACCUAGACACGAGCUGUGCAGUUUCGGUCGCAAGUAAUGAUACCUCCAUCUCCAAGAGUACCUGUUCCAGUAACUAUAGCAAUAAACACCUACCUCUGAAGUACAAACGGAACUGGCAGAAAAUCAAUAACGACAGCAUCAGACGUGUCAGCCAAGAAAUAUUCUCUGAUGAAGGCGAUUAUAUUUUUAUUCCACGCAAAUCAAAACGAGCAAAUCAUGAACCAGACCAAACACCGAACAUUUCUUGGGACUAUACUUUCUGA